GUCAAAUUUUGACAGGGCGGUUUUUGCAGGGUUUCUAAUGUUGUAGACUUGUAGCGACGAUGUGUAUUGUUGUCCAUCCAAGGUUAGGAGCUCCAACAUAGAAUCUAUAUUCAAGUGUCUGAAGCGCGAUCGUUGAAAUCUGCUUCCUUCAAACCCGAAUCUGUAGACUCCUCAAUUAGAUUUUCAGACUCAUGCAUAGGUGGAUUGGUCUGUAUCACAAGGACUGACGUCAAAACCCUAACUUCGAUAAUGGAUGCUAAGGACAUUCUAGGAAUCCCGAAAAGUUCACUGCCCAUACCACAGGAAAAGAAAUCGAGACCCCAGAAGGAUUCUCAGAGAAAACCCGAUGGCAUUUCGCGCGAGGUUUAUGCGCUUACAGGUGGUGUGGCGCCUCUUAUGCCUUCCAUUGACGCCAAUCAGUUAAAAAAGCGUCAUCAACCUGAAAAUGAGAAGAUAACUUGGGAAUGGCUUGCUUUCACAAAUUCUGCUCGAAAAGAUAACUUGCAGCUGUACCAUUGGGUUAGAGUUGUAAAUGGAACUCCACCGACAGGAGAUUAUUCCUUUGCAAAAUACAACAAGUCUGUUGAUGUAAUCAAGUACACAGAUGAGGAGUAUGAGAAGCAUCUGAUGGAUCUGACAUGGACCAAAGAAGAGACGGAUCAACUCUUUGAUUUGUGUGAACGUUUUGAUCUCCGAUUUACUGUGAUCGCUGAUAGAUUUUCAUCAUCAUCAUCUCGAACAAUGGAGGAACUGAAGAAUCGCUACUAUAGUGUUUCCCGUACAAUAUUGAUUGCGAGGGCCCCAACUCCUGCUGAUGUUUCCAGUCACCCUCUUGUUAAGGAACCAUACAAUAUCUCUCAAGAGAUUGAGCGUAAGCGUGCGUUGUCCAUGGUUCUCUCCCAGACAAAGCACCAAGAGCGUAAAGAUGCUGAGGUUCUUUCUGAAGCUAAGAAAAUAACUGAGUCCCGUAUGGCUGCAAAGGCUGCUCAAGAUGCAGAGUUGCCUGUCACAUCAAAUAUUAGUCCGGAAGGUGUGGAGAAAACUAGUGUUCCUGCUGAUACCACAUCACCUUCUAGUAUGCAGGUGGCUGCAGGUGGUGCACCUUUGAUGUCAAUGGCAGACAAUGCUGCUGCUGCUGCAGCUUCCCUUCGCAUGCUUCGGGUGUACUUGAGAACCUACGCACUGGAUCAAAUGGUGCAAGCUGCAAGCUCUUCAGCAGGAUUGCGAACUAUUAAGCGUGUUGAACAAUUCUUACAAGAGCUCAAGGUGAAUUUGAAACCCAAAGUCCCUACUAAAGCUGUUUGUGCAGAGCAUCUGGAAUUGCGAAAGGAGAUACUGACUCUUCUAAAUCUUCAGAAACUGUUGCAAAAUAAGGAGGAAGGUUCAUAUAAUGAAACACCAGACACACCAAAGCGUGUCAUGGACCAGGAUCGGACAUUCAUUCCUGAUUCAGUAGUAAGCUUUGGAGAAAGAGUUGUGAAAAGGGAUCAGAAACGCAAGGGACCUGGAGCUGGAGCUGGACCUGGAGCUGGAGCUGGACCUGGAAGAGAGGCUCCAUCUUCACCAGCUCAGUCUAAAAGACCUCGAAAGCUGAAGGCUACAGAUAGUUAGUUAAUAUGACAUGACAUGAGAGCACAGCUUAUAAUAUUCAUUGGCAACUACUCACUUCUCUUGGGACAUCAACAAUAUCAUCAUCUUCACUUCAUGCUAAAAUUGAUCCUUUGUCCCUCAACUCCUCGUCAAAUGCCAAACCAAAUACACAUAAUAAUGUAAAUAUUUGUAGCUCAAGUUGGUUGGUGAGUUGAAGACCUCUUUACUUUACCUUUUGAGGACUGGACUGUAAUGUAAUAGUAUGAGUGGAUGCAAUCUCUUUUGUUUUCACUUUACUU